AUGCCCACCAAAGUAAAGACCGGCUCGGCCAAAGGCGCCAACAAACGCUCCACCAAACCCUCCUCCUCCGGCAGCACCUCAAAAACCAAGAAAAAGCCCUCCGGUGCCAAACCAGCACCCACCCAACACAAACCCGCCGCCCGCACCGCCGUCGUAAAGAAGAAACCACCUCACCUCCGCUACACCGAAAAAGACCUCAAAGUCCCCGCCCUCAACGGCAUCCGCCCCUCUGGCGUCCAAAAACUGCCGAACAAGAAAAAAGGCAAGAAAUUUGUCGACGACGGGGAAGGUAUGCGCACGAUUUUGGCCAUGGUGAUGGCGGACAAGGAGGGGGAUGUGGAGAGUAAGAUGAUGCGGGCGAGACAGCUGGAGGAGGUGCGGGAGGCGAGGAGGGUGGAGAUGGAGAGUAGGGCGCAGGCGAAGAAGGAGGGGUUGGAGGAGAGGAAGAUGGGGAUUAGGAGUGGGCGGAGGAAGAGGGGGAGGGGUGGUGAGGUGGGGGGAGGCGAUGCGGGUGCUGGUGGGGAGGAGAAGGUGGUGAAGAAGGCGAAGAAGAGGGUGAGCUUUGGUUGA